AAUGCGCGCAUAAGUUGGUUUGCCAACCGUCAAUAACCUCCACAGAAGAAGGAGAAGACGAAGAAGAAGAAAACCAGCGAAGAAGAAACGAAAACGUUGCCAAAAUUAUUUCCCGCAGGUUUUGCCGCAUUUUUUUGCUCAAUCACCAUGUCGAAGAGAAAGGUAACAUUUGAAGACGGGAACGGGGACUUGGAUCUGGAAGACGAAAUUCCAAAUAAAAAGAGUUGUGAGGCUGUCAGUGGACCAGGUUCCAGGUUCAAGGGUAAGCACUCCCUUGACAGCGAUGAAGAAGAUGAAGGGGAGGACACAAACAGCAGCAAAUACGACAUCCUAGCCAGUGAUGAUGUGGAAGGCCAAGAGGGAGCAACUAUCGACUUUGAUGAGGGAGUUUCUAUUACUCCUUUCAACCUGGAAGAAGAGAUGCAGGAAGGACACUUUGACUCAGAGGGAAACUACUUCAUCAAAAAGGAACAACAGAUUAGAGACAACUGGCUUGACAACAUUGAUUGGGUCAGAAUAAAAGAGCAGCCUUUCAAACAAAAGAAGAAAGGUCUUGGAGCCAAACGGACACGAAGAGCAGGUGAUGAAGAUGAGGCUGAGGAAGAAAAACAGAGAGAAGAAAAACAUGCAGACCAAGAGGAAGAAGAAGAGGAGGUGACAGAACCUGCCGAGGACCCCCUGGCAUCCUUCACACAGCACCAGCUCACUGAAGCUGUGAUCGAACUGUUGCAACCUGGAGAGACAGUUGCUGCAGCGCUGCGUAGGUUAGGGGGACUUGGAGGACGAAAGAAGGGAAAGCUGAGGGAAGAAAGUAAACCCACUGAGGAGACUAAAAGGGAUACAGAAAAGCUUGACAGGCUCACGGCACUGGCUGACAGACUGGUUGGAUCUGGGAUGUUUGAAAUCUAUCAGCAAACCUAUGAAAAACUGGGGUAUUUGAUGAAGAGCAUGACCAGCAAGCGGCCAGCGGUGGGAGACAAACAACGUGGUGAUGACGAAGAAGAUGAACUUGAUAUGUUUGCUGAUGAAUUUGAUGAGAAGCAUGACAGCAAGUCAGAGGACAAAGAGCAAGACAACAAUAGAGUAAGUGAUGAAGUGAUGUGGGAGUACAAAUGGGAACAUGCAGACAAUUCUGAAGUAUAUGGCCCCUUCACCAGCCAGCAGAUGCAGGAUUGGGUGGAUGAAGGCUAUUUCAGUAGUGGCGUUUACUGCAGGAGAUUGGACCAGGAGGGAUCUCAGUUCUACAACUCCAAGAGACUAGACUUUGAUCUCUACACUUGAUCUAUAUCCUGCAUAAAAUGAAUCACAACAGUCACAAUGGCUUGCAACAUUUAUGUUUCACCUACAGUCUUUCCCAGUUUUUUUCAUUCAGGAUUUUGACAUCAGAUCUAUUAUUUUAACAUCAGUUUUGUUUUCUGUACAUUGUUUUUAAAUAAAUCAUGUGUGUUACUUUUGUGACUCACUGGGAACUAUUUGAAUUAUUAUCCACUUGCGAGAAGACGCUUCUUUACUAUCUUGUUAAUUUGUUGAAACAUAAUAUUAAAUGGGAUUUUUUUUCUGUGAA